AUGAAAGACGAUAUCAAGUAUCAGCUCUCACAAGAAGAGCUUGAUAUUCUUGCCCUCACCCAUUAUGCGUUCAUAUAUCGAGAAAUGGGCGUUGAGUGCCAAGAAUUUCGUGAGUUUAUCCAGGACUUCCGAAAGGACAUGCGGAAUUUCCCUGAGAGGGUUCGCAGUAAGCUCGAGAUACUUCGUGAUAGGAUCAAGGAGUUCCGUCGGACGAUCGGGCCAUUCGGGCCAUACCGUAUGGAUCUCUACGAUUGUGGCCAGGAAGUCGGUUGUGAUCUCCAGCCAUACCGUCCUGCGAUCUUAAACGAGUGCAAGACAAUCUUUGGGGAUAUACAGAUGCUCCGUAAGGACUACCCCGAGGAGUGCCAGGAAAUCCUUUGGAAUUACCAGGGUUUAUAUGACGAUAUCAAGGCAUUACAUAAGGAUGUCCAGGCAUUUCGCAACCCUGACCCUAAGAGAGAAAACCUUGAGUAA